GCGAUAGAGCUUUUGCGACGUCGGCGAGCGCUUAAUAGAGAGUUUACGAAACUUCACAUUUUGACGACGACGCCGGGAGUUAAUGCUAGUGCGCAUGCUUCUUAACAUUUUGGCUGCUUCCUUUGGCAACGACGCCGUGAAAUCGUCUUCUUUGGACGCGUCCUGCAUGUUCAAGAUGGCGGAUGAACAUCAAAACACAAAAAGCAAAAAAGCAAUGACUUGGACAAAUGAACAUAAUGAAAUUCUAGUUCGUGAAAUGUAUUUAUUCCAACCAUGGAACUUCAAAAAAGGAUCACAGCAACGAGGUAAUGCAUGGGAAAUGAUCAGUGAUUCCUUAAAUGAUAUGGAUAGCCCAAAGUUUAACGUGACGCAAAAGUCUGUUCGAGACCACUACACUUUACUUCAAAAACAACAAAAGAAAAGAUUAAGAGAGGAGGAAAAAGCUUCUGGGAUCUCUCCAGAGCCAUCUGCAGUAGAAACUUCCAUUGAGGAAAUUAUUCAAAUGUUCAGAAAUAGAGAUGAAGAAGAGAAAAUUUUGGAAGAGAAACAAAAACAAAACUCUGUUGCAGAAGUAGAAAAGGCUGUGGAAAUGAGACAACAGUCAAUGGAAACAUUAGCUGAAACUUACAAAAGAAAAUCUCAAAGUAAAGAUGGUGAAAAACCUAAAAGAAGAAUGUCAUCCAAUGGAAGUGAAAUCAUUGCCUAUUUACAACAAAAGUCAAAAGUUGAUGCAGAACUUAAAGAGAAGAAUUGAUGUUGAAAAAAGCUGAAGCUGAUGAAAGAAAACAACAACAAAACAACAUCAUUUCUCAACAGGAAGCUCUCACUAAAGCUUUAACUGACAGCAUUGCUGCUCAGCAAAAGCAGCAAGAGCAACUAAUGCAUCAACUGCAACUUCAAAACACUGCUUUACUAACAUUGAUGCAGAAUAUUGUUAAAAAAGACUGAAAUGUUUUAUUAAAACAGUGCAUAUAUUUUUGCUUGAGAGUAGACCAAACUUUUUUCACAUAUACAAUUUACUGUUAUUGAUAUUAUAGAUGAAACAUUCAUAAAGUUAUCCAUAACAAGAGUAUAUUAGAGUGAUGUUAAAAAAUGUUCCUGAUGACUUAACUCUGUACAUUAAACAAUUAGUCAACUUGA